AUGAAGCUCAUUAUUACCGGCGCGACUGGCUACGUGGGCAAAGAGACCGUGUCUCAAGCGUGCAAGCACUCCGGAAUCAGCACCGUGGUUGCUGUCACGCGCAAACCGAUCGCAGCUCCCGAAGGCACGCCUGCGGGCAAGUUCAAGAACGUCGUCGUGAGCGACUACGACCAAUACACAGACGAGGCCAAGAAGGAGUUCGCCGGGGCAAAUGGAUGUAUUUGGACGGUCGGGAUCACGCCUCCCAAAUACCUCGAAGUAGGCGCGGCAGAGGCCAAGCGCAUCUCGCACACAUCUACGAUCGUCGGGCUGCAAGCGAUCGCGGAUUCAGCCCCGUCGAGGCCGUUCCGAUUCUGCUACAUGAGCGGGGGAAUGUCCGUUCGGGACCAGACCGCCACGGUCGAAGGAGAAUUCGGCGAAUUCUCGCUCAUGCGCGGCGAUGUCGAGAACGCCAUUCUUGUAUUCGCAGCCGGGCAUGCAGGCUUCGAGGCGUGCUCGGUGAAACCGGCAUGGAUCGUCGAGCGCGCGAAGGUGGCAGAGUCGCUGGAGUCCGCGCAGGAGAAGGGCUGGGAGAUGAUCGUGCUCGAGGAUUGCGCCAGCGCGAUGCUGCAUGUCGCGAUGAAUGGGUUCGAGAAGGAACCGUUGUCGAACGAUGACCUGAUAGAUAUUGCCAAGCGCAUUCAGGCGGUGUAAGAGUCGUCCAUGCUGUGAGUAGUCAGUCUCUGGAAUUGUACGACGCAAAAUGUUCAGAGAAUGGGUGGCUACAUCGCCGCCGACAAUGCAGCAGUUUUAGUGUGUGUCGAGCGGCAUUAUUUGGUUGGUUUCGGAUACUUCUAUCGAGCACAGGGUGUGUGAAGUUGGGGUUAGAUCCCAAAAUGCGGCUUCUAGUCACCUCGAUAAAGAUACAGUCCAUUAGCGAUAGAGUUCACCCUAUAUAAGGUCCAGCUGUUCUCAUUAUGACACGGAGAAAAACAUGCUCUUGUCAGGACGGAUUCGAUUGAGUUGCCGCGAUCAAGGCCGG